CAGCCACGCAUCAUGGCUAAGUUGGGGUCCUUGUUGGCUGUUCUGGUGGCCCUGAGCGCUGCCCAGGUUCAGGCCAAGCUGCCCGGCAAAACCAAGUACACCUUGGAUGACAUCCGUCCUUUGCAGGACCCUGCCUCUGGCUUGGUCAAGUGUUGUCCUGAGGGAACCGAGUUCGAUGGCAAGAACUGUGUCUUGGGUGUUCCCAACUGUCCGGAGAACUUUGUUCGCAAGGGCGACAAGUGUGUGUCGACCAUCAAGCCCAUCUGUCCCGACGGCAGCGACUACAACGGCAGCAUUUGUAUCUCGACCGAGUUCCCUGUCUGUCCUCCUCCCACCGUGCUGAAGGGCAAGACCUGUGUGACUGGCCCCCCAACCUGUCCCUCUGGGCAAGAGUACAACGGCAAAGUCUGUCAAUCCACCCAGAUUCCCGGCUGCCCGGAGAAUUACAAGUUCAAUGGCAAGUCUUGCGUCAGCACCAAGCAGCCCGAAUGUCCUCACGGCAUGAUCACCUGCGGCGGCAACUGCAUCAGCGUUGAGCCCCCCGUCUGUCCCCCCGACACCGAGUUCCACGACAACUUCAAGAACUGCGUCUCGACUAUCCGCCCUACUUGCGAAGACGGUACUGUCCUCAGCAAGGAUGGCGUCUGUGUCGACGAGACCGGUCCGUCCUGCCCCCCCGACAACACCUUCAACCCCACCACUGGCAAGUGCGUCACCUCCGAGAAGCCUGCCUGUCCUCCCGGCAGCGCGCUCGACUCGCUGAGCAAGAAGUGUGUCAUGACCGAAGAAGCCACCUGCCCCCCCGGCAGCGACCUCUCCGCCGAUUUCGCCUCCGGCACAGCCCGCUGCUGUCCCUCCGGGAUGAUUUGGGACGGCGAGGUCUGUGUCUUCGACAUCGACGAGACCGGCAAGUGCCCCCCCGGCACGACCAAGGUUGGCCAGCACUGCCAGAAGCAGCCCGUGCGCAUCCCGCAAUGCCCCCCCGGCUCCAAGCUGGAGCGCAGCCGCUGUGUCAGCAUCGAGCAGCCCGAAUGUCCUCCCGGUCACGUCCUCGAGGGCGGCGUCUGCACCUCGACCGAGCAGCCCGCCUGCCCCCCCGGCCUGACCCUCACCGGUAGCGUGUGUAUCUCCACCGAGGAACCCAACUGCCUGCCCGGCACCCGCCUCGAGGGCACCAUCUGCGUCAGCAUCGAGCAGCCCGCCUGCGAGGACGGCUUCACCUUCGACGGCGAGAACUGCGUGUCCGAGCAGCUGCACCCUAUCUGCCCGGAGGAGGGCAGCACCUUCGACGGCGAGGAGUGCGUGACGCCGCACUUCCCCUCGUGCCCCGAGGACACGGUCUUUGACGGCGCCCGCUGCGUGGCCACCAGCACCCCCUCGUGUCCGGCGGGCAGCGUCCCCAACGGCUCCGGCGACUGCGUUACCACCAGCGUGCCCAAGUGCCCCUCGGGCUCCACCCUGACCGCCACCGGCGGCUGCAUCGUCGGCGUGCCCACGUGCCCCAAGGGCACCCUCUUCGACGGUAAGCAGUGCGUCUCGCGCAAGAACCCGACCUGCCCCCCCGACCACAAGUGGGUGAACGGCAAGUGCAUCAGCACCGUGCCCCUAGAGUGCAACGAGCCCGGCUACCACCUCGUCGACGGCGAGUGCGUCUCCGAGAACCGGCCCGAGUGCCCGGCCGGCACCAUCUUCGACGGCACCACCUGCGUCGGCACCGAGCCCGUCUGUGACGAUGGCCUGGUCUUCGACGGCGAGGAGUGCGCCCACCCCCUCGAGCCCGAGUGUCCCCCCGACAUGCGCUUCAACGGCCGCAAGUGUGUCGCCGAGAAGCCGCCCAACUGCUUGCCCGGCACCGUCUUCGUCCCGGAGUCCAAGUUGUGUGUUGCCAUCUCCCCGCCCGCCUGCCCCCCCGGCCAGGUCUUCAACGGCAAGCAGUGCGCCCUCGAGAGCGGCGACUGUCUGAACUUCGAGUACUGCCCCCCGACCGGCUUCGGGGAGCCCGGAUGCCCCGACGGUGCGCUCUAUGAUCGUCACACCGGCAUGUGUGCCGACUGGUUGUAUUAGUUGAGGGUGUUUGACGUGUGAUGCAUGGUGUAUGUGGUAGGGAUUUUGGGAUUGGUGUUGUAAUUUGAUGUCUUGUUUAAUGUGCAAUUUGAAGGUCUCU